CAAAGGACUCUCAUUUAUGCCUACUAAUCAUGUCAAAGAUUUUGAUAUCAAGGUAGAUCUAUUUAAGUUUUUCAGAAAUAUAUGACUAAAAGAGUUUUUCAAACAAAAUAGAUCCACCUCUGAACAACUAGAAAAUGAAUGUUCCCAACCUCCUAGUUCUAUAUUACCUAAUGAAAAUAAGAAUACAGGGACUUUUUAUAAUGGACUUCUAGGGGAUCCCACCCAGUCCUUUAAGAAUAUUGUCCAUGAAACCCUUGAAAAUUUAUUUCAGAAUGGUAAAAUCUCCAAAAAAGAAUAUGAGUUUCUAAAGGUUGAACACCCUAUUACUCCUACUUUUUAUACACUACCAAAAAUACAUAAAAGUCUAGAACAUCCACCUGGCCGACCUAUUGUUGCCAGUAUUGGCUCCCUUACCUCUAAUCUGUCUACUUUUGUAGAUAACUUUAUCAGACCGUUAGCUGAGAACCUUCCUUCCUUUCCUUCACAUUCACACCUAUGGACAAUUUAGAGUCACCAAUUAACCUAGUCCCCAAUCUGCAUGUCUUUGGACUGUGGGAGGAAGCCGGAGUGCCCGGAGAGAACCCACGCUGACACGGGGAGAACAUGCAAACUCCACACAGAAGGGCUCCCACGCCCGGGAUCGAACCAGCAACCCUCUUGCUGUGAGGCGAGAGUGCUAACCACCACACCACCGUGCCGCUGAUUAUUUAUGUUUUUAUUUUUAAUUGAAUUACUUUGUGUAUGAAUUGUGCUCUACAAAUAAACUUGCCUUGCCUUGCCUUGUGGUCAGCGUUGCCGAGAGGGGGGAGGGAGGCCGCUCUGUAGGUGUUAUGAACUGAACCACAGCAUCUGUCCAGAGUUUUCCCCAGCUGGGUGGUACAGUUGACAUACUGGUAAAAACCUUUAAGUGAUUUGUCAACUGAGCAGUGGUUGAAAUCGCCCAUAAUAAAUUUGGGGCAUCUGGGGAUAUAGUUUCCAAUUUGUUUAGCGUGUUUUUGAUAUGCUCUGUGGCUGCAGAUGCAUUAGCUCUGGGGUAGAUAUAAACCAAAAUAAAAAACAAUUGUGGAAAUUCUCUUGGGAGGUAGAAUGGACGCAGGGAGACAGCCAGGAGUUCAAUGCCAGGGUUGCACAGUUCUUCCCUGACAACGACAGUUUUACACCAGCGUGGAGUGAUUUCGAGGCAGACACCACCGCCAUGAUGUUUACCUGUGAGUUCAGUGUCUCGGUCCAGCCUGACAGGAGACCCAAAGCCAUCUAUGUGCAGGCUGUCAUUGCUGUCCACCCCCUUCAACCACGUUUCGGUAAAAGCAAGCAGUGAGGCAGACUAGCAGAGCACUGAAAACUCGUAUUGCCGAACAUAGGAGUACUAUAAGAUGUAAGAACCUGAAUUAUCCAGUAGCAGCUCAUUUUGUUGAAUUUAAUCAUCCAAUUUCCUCCCUAAGAUAUAUCGGCAUUGAAGAGGUAGCCUAUCUCUCCCCCCUAGAGGGGGAAACUUGGAUGUUUUACUUUCUAGAAGAGAAUACUAUUGGAGCCACCAUCUGAAAACCCUGUCACCUCAUGGAUUAAAUAUUGAUUAUGACUUAAGAUGUUUUCUCUGAAGUAAUCCCCCUGUGUUUUAGAUUUUUAGAUAUCUAGUUUAAGUUCUUUAUGAUGUUCAUUUAGAACUGAUGUUAAACUUGAUCUACAUGUCUGUAGGUAAUUUUGAUAAAGCAAUGUGGAUAUUAAUGUUCCUUUAUCUUAUGAUAUCUUUGAUUGGCUUGAAAUUGAUGUUUUCUCUUUUCACUGUUUGAAAAAAGUUUUAAUGGUCUCUUGUUACUCCACCCAAGUGGGGAAAUAUGAUUGGCUAAUCAAUAUCAGGGCGUGGUCCAACUGACCUAUAUAGCCUUUCUUUGUCUGUGAGCAGUGCAAAUCUUGAAGAAGGCCAUGUAGCCGAAACGUUGAUUUAAAUAAACUGCAUAUGGAGCCAGAGUGUGCAACACUUUUUUUCUUCAACUGAUCUUCCUCCAGUGAUCAGCACCUCAAGAGUAUUUGGUGUGCGUUUUCUCUUAAAAUUUGCUAACUUCACGUUCCUCAGAAUAGAGCUGCCAAUAACCAGAGUUCAGCGGGUGUGUUGCUGCUACCGAGUGAUUUUCCAUGGUGCAGAGCCGCGCUUCUAAUUCACUAAGCCUCGCCUCCAAUGCAGCAAAUAAGCCACACUUGUUACAGUUACCACUGUCGCUAAAGGAGGCAGAGGCAUAACUGAACAUUUGGCACACCGAGCAAGAGAGAGCAGAGGGAGAAGCCAUCGCUAACUGUAAAGCUAAUGUAGCUACCAAGGCUAGUAACGUGCAAACAACAGCUAAGAGAUUAGCGAGAAAGUCGUAGAAAGGAGGAGAGCUAUAAGUGCUUAAACAGAACUAGUGUGGGUUAAGACUUGAAGUAGACGUUAAAGCAACUGAAGUGAGAAAGCAGAAAGCAGGCUAGUAGAAUCCACCAGAGCAGCACAGAGACGCUGUCACAGAAACACCAGAAAUGACACAACUCGCUUACCGCAAUACGUCAACAUGUCUAAGCCAACACAUCCAACGUACUGACAUCACCCAGAUGUGCCGAUCACUGACACUGACUGUCUAUAAUACCAUCUGUGAUGACAUGACGACACACAUCAACCUGCUGGUGAUGUUUUCUCUGGUGGCUCACCGGCUGCAGUGGUGCGGUGGAUGAAUGAAACAUGAAAAUGAUAAUCAGUUCAUUUCAGAUGUUAGUGCGUUACAUGACACUGUAAAUGUAACAAUAUCAUCUGUAAUCCUGUUGGUAAUCUGUUAUAUUACUUUGUUACUGCUAAAAAGUAAUCUAUUACUGUAAUGUGUUCCCCUGUCACUGAAAUGAGCAGCUCCAUUCCUCUGAAUCCAGAUUUCCUCCUGAUCAGCGUGACGUGUAUCUGUUGCUCCAACAGUGUGAAGUAAUGUUUAUAUAUCUAUUUCGGGAGGAGACAGACCUGCUGACGGAGUGCAGGAAGUUUAACUGAUACCAAGUUUAACCUCAGUGUGGUAAAUACAGGAGGGACCAGAGGCAGAGCUGACCUCAGAUCAGCAGCUCCUAACAUUCUAUAUCUAACAUGAAUGUUGUCUUUCAGAUUAAAAGCAUGAAUAAGUAAAUAAAUAAAGCCCCAUCCUGCUGUUCUGAUCAGAGGCUGAUGACUGUGUCAGAUUAAAAUAUCUUCAGACUGUGACCUGAUCAUAACAUGAUGGCUUGUUUUUAAAAAGAAGAGUUAUCCCUCCUCAGUUGCUCUUCCUCAGCUUUCUACCAUUGUUUUCCUGAUCAGCUGUGAGGGUCCUAAGGACAGAGGGAUGUCGUAUGCUGUAAAGCCCUGUGAGGCAAAUAUUGGGCUUUAUAAAUAAAUAAAAUUGAUUGAUUGAUUAUUAAUCAGUUUUUAUAAUCUUUCGGUUGUUUCUGUUGUUAAGGUUUAAAUUUAGGACAACACAGAUUUUAAUCCUUUGAUGAACGCAGAAGUUGUUUUAACCCUUUCAAUCCUGAGAGUUUAUUAAGUGGUUUUACUUUGAAAUCCUCUGACAGGAAACAGGUCACGGUGUUGGUGUGCGCGUGCCGUGUGUCUGCAGCUCUCCGUGGAGUCCGGACUCUGGAUCAUGGACCCGCUGUGUCUCCUUCAGCUCCUCCACCUUCUGCUCUAACCUCACCUCCGGAGCGGAGCUCCGACAUGCUGCAGCCGGAAAACGCGUCGUCCGGCUGGGCUCAGCACCCGGACUCUAACGGGUCUGAUCCGGCGGCGGGCGGCGGGUCCGGACCGGAGUCGGUGAUCGUGCCGGUGGUAUUCGGCUUGAUCUUCGUGGUGGGGGUGGUGGGGAACUCUCUGGUGAUGGUGGUGGUUGGGAAGGUGAAGUACAGCGGCGGUGGGGGAGGAGGAAGAGGGGGGAGGCGCCCCGGCAGCCCCACCAACAUCUUCAUCCUGAACCUGAGCGUGGCGGACCUCAGCUUCCUCCUCUUCUGCGUCCCCUUCCAGGCCACCAUCUACUCCCUGCCUCAGUGGGUGUUCGGAGCCUUCCUCUGCACGUUCGGACACUACUUCUCCACCGUCAGCAUGCUCGUGAGCAUCUUCACGCUCGUGGCCAUGUCCGUGGACCGAUACAUCGCCGUGGUGCGCUCAAAGAGCGCACCGUGCGUCAGGAGCCGCAGGAACGCGCUGGCCGGGGUGUGCGUCAUCUGGACCCUGUCUCUGGUGUGCUCGGUGCCGGUGGCCCAGCACCAGGUCCUCACCAGUCACCCCAGCGCCCCGAACAGCACCUUCUGCUGGGAGGAGUGGUCCGGAGAAUCCAGACAUACCUACAGGGUGACCAUCCUGCUGAUCGGAUACCUGCUGCCGCUGCUGCUCAUCAGCUGCUGCUACACCAAGGUUCUGUUUCACCUCCAUAAAAAGAUGAAGAACAUGUCCAAGAAGUCUGAGCGCUCCAAGAGAAAGACGGCUCAGACGGUCCUCCUGGUCGUCACCGCCUUCACCAUCUGCUGGAUGCCUCACCACAUCAUCGCCAUGUGGGUUGAGUUUGGUACCUUUCCCCUGAACGACGCCUCCUUCGCCUUUCGCAUCGUCUCCCACUGCCUGUCUUAUGGAAACUCCUGCGUCAACCCCAUCCUCUACGCUUUCCUGUCUGAGAACUUCCGUAAGGCCUGCCGCCAGGUCUUCGCCUGCCGCUUCCUGUACCCGCCGCCACCGGUGGGCAAGGUAGUUCGUUUCCGCAUGGAGAACUUCUCCACCACACACUCCACCACCAACAUAUGAGGGACUGCGGACGUCAUCAGAUACAUGACCAGGACACUGAGGUGGAAACAGGAAGCAGAGCUGAGGCUGACGGUCACAUGACCACAGGACAGCAGGUGAUUGGCUGCUGACUGUAUCUAUGGAUGACCUGAACUCGUUUAUGGGAGUUUAUUAACGACAGACUGAGACACCGAACAGGAAACUGAAGGACACAUUCAGACAGGGCAAAAUACAGACUUUAGAAAUGUAGGAAAAAACUAAACUGUGUUUUCAGUUUUUCUUUUAAAUUCAACAGUUUUAAUAAUUUAAUUAAAAUUAAUCUUUGAUAAUAAAACAGUCCGAGAUAAAUGUAAAAUUAUAUUCCAGUAUUGUAUCAGGUUUUUUUCUUUAUUUUGCCUAAAAAGCAGAAUUUUUUCUGUCUGAGCAGAAACACAGAACCUGUGAGGAGUUUAACAUGUGUUUGACUUUAUAUGUUUAAUAUGAUUUAUUAUAUUUGAUGUGUGUGUUAUGUGUUUCAGAGACAAAUGUUCCUCAGCACAACCUUUUUAUUAUCAGUGUGAAUUCUUAUUUUCUGGAGCAUCUGAAGACAGUUUCUGAUCCGUCCUGAUGAACUUUGAUAGUCUGAGUAUAUUUACAGCUUUAAUGUGAAUGUGAAAGAUCAAACCUGAUAAAUAGAUAAAUAAAUAUUAAAUAAAUGGUUGUCGGUUUAAGUAUGUUUGAUAGAAACAAAGAAAAUGUACAAAUAGAUGAAUUUUAAAUGGACAUAUUAAAUUAUUUUCUGUCAGCAUAUUCCAUAACAGGGGUUUCUCUGAAUAUUUGAUGAUUACAUUCAGUCUUUUUUUCAGGGAUGGAAACACUCACAGAUUAACAGGAACGACAACAGACCUGAGGCUGAUCUAACUUAUUUAAAGUUUAAAGAUUUACAGUUUGAAUCAGUAACUCUGUGACCUGUUUUAAUGAGCUGACUUUAGUUUGGUCAUCACUCAGUGCUGUGAUGACGUCUGAAUAUUCACCUGUUACAGGAUGAAUCUCAGCUGAUGGAUGAACCCUGACUUUGAUCUGUCUGACUGUAUUUCUCUGUGAGGUCACAGUAUAAAUGUCUUUGUGUCAAGAGCACAGCAGCAGAACAGGAACAGAGAGAAAUGACAUGUUCAGACAGUGUGAUUCAGCUGACAUUAGCUAACAUUAGCAUGCUAACACUAGCUAACGAUCAGUAAACACAGUCACAGAGCUGAAGCUGAUGUGAACUGCAGGUCACAAACCAAAGUUCUGCUCGCUGCCUGAUUCAGACUGUUCUCACUAAUGUUUCAUACGUUUUCCUAUGAAAAUCAAUUCACUCAAAUUCAUACAUUCAUUCAUUCAUUCAGCUGACGGCAGUAAACAGGAAGCAGUUCUGAGCGCCUGUAAGGAGGCAGGUUGGGGUGGUGGAUGGGACUUUCCCCUGGAGUCACGUGAUCGGAUCUGUGUGAGUCAUGUUAAGGUUCUUCCUCACCGUGUUUCUGAUCCUAAAGCUAACCUCUGGAACUUUACAGUAAUCAUGUAACUGCACGUUAAGGACGUGACGUCAUUCACAGGGCCCAUUAUGU